UUUAUAGAGAAGUGUAACAACGGAAGAGCUCUAAGGAAAAGAAUGACAGAAUAAGAAGAUGGUUGAACAAAGACAGUUUCAGGUGGUUUUAUUGAUGAUUCUGGUGCUGCAGAUUACAGCUGAAACUACACAUUCUCUCUCCUUGAUUGUCAGAGAUGGAGCUGAGGUCACUCUGCCCUGUGAAAAUGCCAUCAAUGGUCACCAUAACUGUGCCAGAACAACAUGGAGCUUCAGUAAGCAGGCUAAGAUGGCAGCAGUUGACCUAGUCGAUGGUGGACAGGUCACAGAGCGCACAAACAAAAAAUCAGACCGACUACGAGUCACAGCAAACUGCUCUCUGGUUGUAAAGAACGCCACAACAGAGGAUGUGGGCCGGUACUUCUGCAUUCAGGAAGUAAACAGAGAAAAACAGGCUGUGGUUGAUGUGUCUGUUGUUACCAUGACUGUUGAAAAGGAUGGUGAUAACAUGAUGGUAAAAUGCAGAUUGUCAACCAGAAAUACAUGUGAACACACCAUGGAGUGGCUGUAUGCUGCACGGGCUGUGGAUGAAGAUAAUAGAGACUUAAAUGAACAAAAACUUCGCUGCGUGGUCAUACUGACCUUUAAGACUUCUCACUUUAUUUACACUUCAAAGAAUUAUGAGCUGUUGACAUGUAAAAUAAAGGAGAACAACAGUUACAGAAGUGCGCAGUUCACCUUGAAUCACCAACCCUCAGAGGUGGGAAAAACACCACCUGGAAACAUUGAAACACCAGAAACAGAGCAAAAAGAACUCAGGAGUUCCAAGGAAACAACACUGGGAACCAUUCCCUCAGUCCCGUGGUGGUUGUACAUGGUUGUGCCUCUGGGUUUAGCAGCACUCUUGAUAACUGCUGUGGUACUAAUAAGACAAAGGAGAAACAAAAGGAAGAGAACCCGGACGGAUGAAAACGUGGCUGAAACUGAAGAUGGUAUUUCGUACGCGUCAAUCAGCCACACCAAAAAGACCGACAGUACAACUAAGAUCCGAGGUGGUGAUGACGCAGUGACAUACAGCAUGGUGAAAUCUUCCUCUGCUGCUGAUCACAGCAGCCUCUAUGCUACCAUAAACUAACAAAGAACUUACACAUUAAGCUUAAAUGUAUUAUUUAUUUUUAAUUUCUGCAUUAAUAGUUAAUUACCUUUGAACAACUGGUAGGAAAAAUUCGCAUUUUUAGUUUUUGUCUUAAAUACUUUAAUUUAUUG